GGAGCACGAUAACAUUUUCAACCCCAAAUUGAGCGCCUGUGGAGAAAAUUGCCCGUUUUUCAGUGUCAUUUGGCAGAAAAAUCGAUUCCAUCGCACACACUGGGCCACUCUGGGCAGGUUGGGCAGAAAUCAGAGUACAAACCAGCCGAGCAGCGCGACCGAGAUGACCCACUUUUCGGUUUUCGCACUGGAACCCAACUGCUCUACCAAACUAAAUUAAAUGUGCAAAUAUAUACGGAGUUUUUUUUCUAUCGUUAGAUUGCGCUAAUAGUAGCAUGUUUAAUCGCGGAAAUUAUGUACAACUCGUAGUCGUAGUGUAAACUCUAUGCAUUUAUGUGAAUUCCCCAGCGCAAACGUGGAAGAGGAAAACAGGCGACCUGAAAAAGCAGCGAGCAAGAAGCAGAAGCAGAAGCAGCAAAAAAGUCGUCAUAGGGGCAGCCACAGCAUGCCGUACGAGUCGAUGCACCAUCAUCAGUCGGCGGCCGCUGCCGUGGCCGCUGGCGUCGCCCCCAACGGAAUGCUGGACUCCCUCAGCCUGCAGCUGCGCGAUGCAGAGAUGCGGCGCACGGAAAUCGAACGGGCGCAUCAGGAAACCCUGGCACAAAUACGCAAUUUGAGCGGAAGCGCACGUCCCGAUGCCGAGGCGGUUGAAAAUCUGCAAUCGAGGGCCCGGGAACUUGAAAAGAAGGUCGCUUUGGAAAAUGUGCGCUGCGAGGAGCUGCAAAUCGAACUGACUGCAGCUCUGAAGGCCAAGGCAGCGCGCUCGACGGUCUCCGGAAUGGGAAUGGGAAGUGGGGCGUCCGGAGCCGGCGCAACUAUUCCGACGUCAGCCAGCAGUUCCACCGUCACUUGGGCACCGACAAUCAGUCACCAGGACCAAGGCUCCGAGAUUGAUAUCAUAAUGGCAAAGAUUGAGCAGGAUAAUCGCGUCCUGGCCGAACUGGAGCAGCCUCGCACAUCGGCCAGCGCCAGCAUGUCAGCAUUGCCGCCCAGUUCCAUGUUGAGCACGGUAAAUAGCGAAUUUAGAACCAUAUCAAAGAGUGAACUCGAAGAAGAACUGAACCGUUAUAAAAGGGCCGUACUAGGCGGCGCCUCGGGCGGCGGCGGGGGGAUGUCCGCGAUGUCCUCCGGCUACUCGAGCCUGCCGCAUUCGCUGGCCUCCACGCUGCCCAACGGCGGCGCCAGCACCAGCCUGAGCGGCACCAGCGUUGGCUCGCAGAGCGUGGCUGCCGCUGCUGCUGCCGCUGCCGCCGCCUCUGCCGGAUCGGGGGGCGGAGGCAUGGUCGGUGGCGGUGUUGGAGUCGGAGGCCUCACAUCCAUAUCGGCCCUGGUGCCCAAUCCAAUCAGCGGCAUAUCCUCGAGCCUGAGCAGCCACGGCAUUCAGUCGAUGCAGUACGGGGCCGGGCAGACGUCCGUGGAGAAGCUGUUGAGCGGAACUAGUGGAAUCUCUGGCAUUCCACCUCUGCCGGUAAAUAUUCACACGAUGAAGGCUAUGCCAACGGCAUUAAGUCAGCGCGGAACAAUACAACUGUACAAUUUGCAGAGCACAACCAUGCCCCUCCUGUCACUCAACUCGCAUAACCUGCCGCCCGCCGGCUCGAGCAGCUACUCGGCCCUGGGCCUGAGCGGCGUACCCGCUGGCGUUGGCGGCACCUUGCUGACGCACCCCUCCAUGGCCAAUCUCGGCCUGCUGGACACCGGCACCCUUCUGGGAGCCGCCGGGCUGGCCGGCCUGGGCGCUGGACCCGGUGCCGGUGGCAUUACGGGCGCCACUUCGCUCUACGGCCUCAGUGGUGGAGCAGCCGGUGCUAUCGGCUCCUCCUAUGGGCCACCCUUCCUGGAUGUCGCCUCGAGCGCUUCGUAUCCUUUCACCGCGGCCGCUCUGCGUCAGGCUUCCAAAAUGAAGAUGCUGGACGAGAUCGACAUCCCGCUGACGCGUUACAACCGCAGCUCGCCCUGCUCCCCCAUCCCGCCCAGCAACUGGGGCUUGGACGAGUUCACCGACGGUCUCAGUGUCUCCAUGAUGCACAAUCGCGGCGGCCUGGCAUUGGGUGCCCUCGAUCUGGACACCCGCAACCAUGGCCUGAAUGGAGCCAGUGAGCCUCAGGUGGAUAUGCUGGAUAUUCCCGGCAAAGGCCGCUGCUGUGUGUUCAUUGCCCGCUUCCCCUACGAUCCACCAGAAGCUUCUAAUAAAUCCUCUCUGUUUCCUUAUAGGGAGGCAGAGGGCGAGCUAUCCCUGUGCGCCGGAGACUACUUGUUGGUGUGGACUAGCGGGGAGCCCCAGGGCGGAUACCUGGAUGCGGAGCUGCUGGAUGGACGACGGGGCCUGGUGCCCGCCUCCUUUGUACAGCGUUUAGUAGGCGAUGACCUCCUGGAGUUCCACCAGGCAGUGCUGUCGACGCUGCGAGACGCCGAGGACGGGUCGAUGCAGUGCGACACCACUUCGCUGCCCUCUUUGCCGCCGCACAACCCAUUGCUCACACACACCCACGAGGACCUGGCACGUUUGAGUGAGACGCACACCGAUCUGGAGCACGACCAGGACGACAUUAGCGAUAAUGUUCCAGCACCCAAGCACUUGACGCUGGAACGGCAGCUGAACAAGAGCGUGCUCAUUGGCUGGUCACCGCCGGAGCCAGUGGGCUACAACCUCAUCGACAGCUACCACGUCUACGUGGAUGGCGUGCUCAAGGUCACCGUGAAGGCCAACGAACGCACACGCGCGCUUAUCGAGGGCGUAGACUCCACGCGGCCGCACCGCAUCAGCGUGCGGAGCGUGACCCAGAACAGGCAGACAUCCAGGGACGCCGCCUGCACGAUGAUCAUCGGGCGGGACACCUCGCAUUUGGGCCCCUCGGCGGUGCGCGCCUCGCACAUAACGUGUUCCUCGGCGGUCAUCUCGUGGCUGCCGGCCAACUCCAACCACCAGCAUGUGGUGUGUGUGAACAAUGUGGAGGUGCGCACCGUCAAGCCGGGCAUGUACAGGCACACGAUCACGGGCUUGGCGCCGAGCACCCAGUACCGGGUGACCGUCCGCGCUAAGCACCUGCGGGCCGUUGGCCAACAUGCGGGCAACGUGGCCCAGACGCCGGGCAGGCCCGGCCAAGAGGAGGCACCCGGAGCAUACGCAGACUUCCGUACCCUCACCAAGGGUCUGCCCGAUCCGCCGCAGGAGAUCCAGCUCGAGGCCGGCCCGCAGGAUGGUACCAUUCUGGUGACAUGGCAGCCGGUUAACAGGCCCACCUCGACGGGGCCUGUAACCGGCUAUGCUGUGUACGCCGAUGGUAAGAAGGUCACCGACAUCAACUCGCCCACCGGCGACCAUGCCCUCAUCGACAUUGGCAAGCUGGGCGUCUUCAAUCCCCGUGCCGUCACUAUUCGCACCAAGUCCCGCGACUCCCAGUCGGCGGACAGUGCGCCCAUCUUGAUACCAAACACUGUGCGCAAUGCCGUGGCCCGCCGGGGACCAAACCAGAUGGGCAUGGGCCCACAGCUGCCGCAGGGGCCGCACCAAAUAGGCGUGCAACAGCAGAUGGGCGUGAUUCCCGGCCAGCCCGGACAGCUGACAGCGGGUCAGCAGGGGCAGCACAUGAUGGGCCAGCAAAUGGACCACGGGCAGUACGAUCCGAAUCAGAUGCAACAGCAGGGCAUGCAGCCGCAGCCAGGACAGCCGGGUCAUCAGCCCGACGGAGGCUCCGGCUUGUUAGGUGGCCUGCUCGGUGGCCUCUUCUCGAAACCCACACAGAAUCAAGUGAACCAGAAUGGCUACCAGCCAGGGGCACCAGGCACCCAAAGGGGCAUGGUUCCGAUCCCGGGCCGGCCGCAGGGACCACAACAGCAGCAGCAGCCGCCCUACGGACCCCAGGGUCCCAUGGGCGGGCCCCGCUUUCGAGGACCAGUUCCGGGCCAGAUGAACAUGCAGGGUCAGCAGAUGCAGGGCCAGAUGCAAGGCCAGAUGCCGGGACAGAUGCCGGGUCAGAUGCAAGGGCAAAUGCAAGGACAGCUGCCGGGACAGAUGCCUGGUCAAAUGCAGGGCCACGUGCAGGGCCAGAUGCCAGGCCAAAUGCCUGGCCAAAUGCCUGGCCAGAUGAUGGGUCCACGCGGUCCGCUCAACCAGCAGCAGCAACAGCAGCAGCAGAUGCAGCAGGGUCAGAUGAUGCCCGGCCAGCAGCCCGGUCAGCAGCCAGGCCAGCAGCCCGGACAGCAACAACAAAUGCCGGGCGCCCAGAAGAAGCCACGCUACUUCGUUGCCAUGUUCGACUACGAUCCCUCCACUAUGAGUCCCAAUCCCGAUGGCUGCGACGAAGAGCUGCCAUUCCAAGAGGGUGACACGAUCAAGGUCUUUGGUGAUAAGGACGCCGAUGGCUUCUACUGGGGAGAGCUGCGUGGCCGCCGAGGAUACGUACCGCACAACAUGGUAUCCGAGGUGGAGGACACCGCCGCACCCAUGACGGCCGGCGGCCAAAUAGCCGGACCCAUGGGACAAGGUGUGGGCCAGGGAGUAGGCGUGGGUGUGGGCGGCACCGCCCAGGUGAUGCCCGGCCAGGGGGCUCCGCAGCAGAGCAUGCGGAAUGUGAGCCGCGACCGCUGGGGCGACAUUUAUGCGAAUAUGCCCGUCAAGCGGAUGAUCGCCCUCUACGAUUACGAUCCCCAGGAGUUGAGUCCGAAUGUGGAUGCCGAGCAAGUGGAAUUGUGUUUCAAGACGGGCGAAAUCAUACUCGUUUACGGUGAUAUGGAUGAAGACGGUUUCUAUAUGGGCGAACUGGACGGUGUGCGGGGACUGGUGCCGUCUAACUUCCUGGCGGAUGCGCCCGAUCAGUACAACAACCAGAUGGGUCCAGGCGGAGUCGGGGCAGGCAGAGGCGGGCUGAGCCAGAGGGGUAGGGGCCAGGGUCCCGGAGCGAGGGGCCCGCCGCCGCCGCCGAGAGACAACAUGAUGCCCGGCAUGGGCGGGCAACGCGGCCAACCGGGCAAAAAUGCUCGCCCUGCUUCCCCUACACUGUUAGACAACACGGGCCAUCCUGCCCCCGAUCACCAAACGCAGGGGAUGAUCGGUCGCGUUGGUAAUGUCGGCAUGCAGCAGCAACAGCAGCAGAUGCAGCAGCAACACCAACAGCAGCAGCCGUACGGUCAGCAACAGACACAAAUGGGACAGCAGCAGCAGCAACAACAGCAAAUGGGACAACCUGGAAUGAUGGGUCAGCCGAUGGGUCAACAGAUGGGUCAGCAGCCCAUGGGCCAGAUGGGACAGAUGGGCCAGAUGGGACAAAUGGGCCAGAUGGGUCAGAUGGGGCAGAUGGGUCAGCCGAUGGGCCAAAUGGGGCAGCAGCAGCAACAACCGCCGGUGACGACGCAGGCGCAAACGGGUGGACUGUUCUCGGGAGCGACUAGCCUGCUCUCUGGUGCUACCUCGGCUGCCACCGGUGGUCUAUUUGGGUCGAAGCAACCGCCCAAAACGGAUCCAAUGCAACCACCCGGGGGUGUGCAGCCAGCGCAGCAACAAGCGAACGCCUUCGGUGCCCAACAGCCCGGAAUGCAGCCCGGGAUGCAGCCGGGAAUGCAACAACCGGGAAUGCAACAGCCGGGAAUGCAACAACCCGGCAUGCAACAGCAACAACAAGUGCCACCGCAAGCCCAGGCUCCGCCGCAGGGUCCGGGCGCCGGCCUGCUAGGCGGGUUAAAGGGUAUCGCGGCAGCGGCGCCCGGCGGCGAUGUCCUGUCGAAAGGGAAAGACCUAUUCGGAAAAUUCGGGUUUGGCUUUGGCAAAUAACCCCGGUCAUUCCAUAGGGUCCUGUUAUAUUAUUCGUAGAUUAGACUUAUUAUUACUAUUAUGAUUAUGAUUAUUGCUAUUGAUUACGAUUACUAAGCUAAUAUAAAACAAAAACAAAAACCGAAAAAAAACAGAAAAAUAAAACAAAACCCAUACAGACGGAGGCGCAAAACCAAUGCUAUGUGUAAACCAAUCCAUAGUCCCCUGUGGGCUGAUGUGAACCCUGUUGUCGAUAUGAUACGGAACGAUAUGAUAUAGCAAAAUGAAACUGCAACUAAUAGAACUAAUGAUAAUAUUUUUUAUUAAUUAAAUUGAUAGAAAUAUUAUGAGUGACCGGCAACAGCUGUAGCAUUGGCCCGGCAGCUGGGACAGAGAAAGCCACAAAACCAAAUGAAUUGUUGUAAAAUUAUUUAAAAAAUUGCCAGUUUAGGUAACUGAUAAAGUAACUUGAUAAAAAUUCAACCCACUAACGGAUAAAGCUCUAUAAUACAAGCCAGGUUACCGACAACAAACUCUUCGCCUACAGACACAUUCAGAUACAGAACACAUAGAGAUGCAAAACACACAGAUAUAACAUACGCAGAUGCAGAUAUACAGAUACGAUACAUAUACAUGGUGGGAGGAGGGAUAAGAAGAUAUAUAUUAUAUACAUACAUUAUAUUUACAAUUAUUUGUUAACGCACAUUGUUAAAUUUGCUACUGUUGCUGACCAGUUUAUAAAUAUAAAACCAAAGGAAAAGAAUAAAGAUAAAGCAAACACAUAAGGUAAACUAAACCAAAUAUAAACAUACAUAUAUUAUAUGUAUAUAUUUAAAAUAUAUUGAAAACUAAAUUGAGAUACACUAAACAAAUUACAUUUAUAAAUCAAAAACAAAACAUAAAAACAAGUGAAACGUUGAGCAAUGACGCAGAACAAAUACACAUACAUUGAAGUAAAUAAAAAUAAAUCGAUAUGAUACAUAUUUACAUAUAUACGCAUAUACUAAAUACGAUUUCGCAUUCAAGCCAACCUCCAAUCGGGCGCAAUCCUCUACUUCCAAGGUCCAGUUUAAGAAGAUACAUAUGUACUUUCCAUUUUCCAGUGAUAUACUACCAGUGCGAGAUAGAGAGUUAUACCAGAGCCGAAGCAGCCCCAACAGCAGACGUGAUCCUUCGACUUCUAUUCUAUUCUAUUGCAUUCUAUUCAGUACCUUUCGAAUACCCAAAUUCUUUCAGUGUUUGAUGUCCAUAGAAGCAUAAUUGCGAUUAAUAUAUCAGUGUAACGUAAACAAAACCAAAGACCAAGAGAGAUCUACUCCUACACACAAAUAUGAGAUAUCCGAAAAGUCAUACACAAGUAUAUAAACUACUAAAGAGCCUAAAAAAUAAAACAAAAACCCAUUAGCGUUAGACGCAGAAGACAUGUUCACUAAAUUCGGCAUGGAGAAACUUUCCAUACAAAUAUUGUAUUUUCUUUAUCGUAAUCGAGCCGCCCCUUGCUACAUCUUCCUAUUGCUAAACUACUUUACUUCAACUUAUCCAACUUAUCCAACAUACUCGGACACUUUCGACCGUUAUUUUACUUGCUACCGAUAGUUGCGUUCCUCUGGGAGAACUUUUGCUUUAUCCUGUUCGAAAGAGUUACGAAAAAGAUAGUCAACUGUUUCCUAAUGUUUAAAAAAUUGCUUUGACUCAGCUCCCAUUAAACGAAAAACAAAAAGAAUAUUUAAUAAAAUUUAUAAAAAAAAAAACCAAAAACAAACACUCUAACACAGCAUACAUCGCGUACCUCUUGCUUUACGAAAAUACAAACAUUCAAGAAAUGAAAAGUAUAAAGAUAAAAGAUAAUUAAAAUAUACCAAUGACGAAAUUGAUGAAACAAAUAUAUUUAACAUGGCAUAUAGAGUUGCAUAUGUAUAUGUGCUUGAAUGGCAAAUAAUUGUGAGCAAAUGAUUACUUUAAACGGAUGCAUAAACACACAGAUACACUGACUCACAUAGAUACACUCACACACUCACAUACACAGUCAACUGCGCAGGUUGACACUGUAAAUUGUAAACUGGCAAAUAGUAGUUGGCAGACACUUACCUAGAUAUCGAAAAUAGUUGAGUUGAUAGCUAAGAAUGUUACAAAAAAAGAAGAAAAGAUGAGAAAUGAAACAAGCGUUAACUUUUCCCACGUAAAUGAUUUAAAUCUUACAACAAUCAAGUCACUGUAUUAUUUAGCCACACCAGAGACAGACAAUUACAAUCUACAAGCCUAUCUUCGGCAUCCACCGAAGCUGUAAUGCCCCUGCAACUAGAACUGAGAUAGUAUCAUCUGGCAUCUGGCCUGCAAGGGUAUACCGGAAACACACUAACACAGAUUCAGAACACAGAUAAAGAUAACCCUUGAGUACACUAUAUAAUCAUUUACUAGACACCUAUACAAGUACAUGUACAACAAAAUCAGUUUAUUUCAAACCGAAACAGAUUCCGAAUCCGAUACCGAUGCGAACAAUAUAAUAUGAAAUUAAUGUCAAAAAACCUAUAAAAAGUAAAACACUCACAGACAAAGAGAGAUAAUAGCGGAAAAUACUAUGCAAUAUGAGAUGGAUAAACAAAUGGAAACCAACUAAAUUGUUAUACUGUAUUAUUAUACUUUUUCUAUAAAUUAUAAUUUCCUUAUUGAAUGAGAAAAAGCGAAAAAAAUAAUAAUUAAACAACAAUUUCAAAGAAUGCAAUGGCCUUUCAAUUAACGCGACAAGCCGCCCCUGACAUUACUC